AUGUGGCAAAGGCUUGCUUGUGUUAUGGUCUUUUUCGUAUGUGGAGUCCAUACCCAAGUGAGUUAUUCCAUUCCGGAAGAAAUGGGUAAGGGCUCUGUGGUUGGAAACAUAGCGCAAGAUUUGGGUUUGGAUUUACAAAGACUGAAGUCUGGUAAAGCACGCAUAUACGUCGCGGACAGCGUGGAAUACAUCGAAUUGGAUAAAGGGAGGGGUUUACUUCUGAUAAAGGAGAAAAUAGAUCGUGAGGUGCUUUGCGCAAAAACGACUCCUUGUGCUUUGCAUCUCCAAAUGAUUCUGGAAGACCCAAUGGAAUUGUAUACAAUAACGGUAGAAAUCACGGACAUAAAUGAUAAUGCUCCCAGUUUCCAGGAAAAGGAAAUUACUUUUGAAAUCAGUGAAUCAGCUGUCAUCGGGGCGAAAUUCAUGCUGGAGAAAGCACUCGACCCAGACGUUGGGAUAAAUGGUCUGCAGAACUACUCCCUGAAACCUACUGAUUAUUUUUCUUUAAAAUCACAGAGUCAAGGAGCCGGUAGUAAAAACGUCGAAAUGGUAUUGCAUAAAAACCUUGAUCGAGAAAAACAGGAGCGCAUGUCUUUAUUGUUAACAGCUGUCGAUGGCGGCGAACCACAGAUGUCUGGCACGAUUCAGAUACAUGUUACUGUACUAGAUGUUAAUGACAAUGCUCCUAUCUUCAGUCAGAAAAUGUAUAAGGCCACUUUAACAGAAAACUCACAGAAAGGCUCUAUAAUUACGGUGGUUAGCGCCUCUGAUGCCGAUCAAGGUCCCAAUGGUAAGAUUACAUAUUACAUUUCAAAGACAGAGGGUGGGGUCAGGGACCUUUUUACUAUAGACCAAUUAAGUGGCGAGGUUACUCUAAACGGUGAGGUUGACUAUGAAAUGGCAAGUAACUAUGAAAUCGAUAUUCAAGCAAAAGAUCAAGGAGGUCUCUCUGAUUCAUGUAAGUUGUCUAUUGAUGUGUUAGACAUUAAUGAUAACAAACCCAUUAUCAAAAUACUUUCUAUGUCCAGUUCCAUUUCUGAGGAGUCUCCGCUCGAAACAGUAAUCGCAAUGAUUAAUGUGAAUGACCCUGAUUCUGGCUCAAAUGGUCAAGUACGCUGUACCAUCGAAGACAAUGUCCCCUUUGACAUCACAUCUUCAGUAGGUAGGUCUAAUUUCUUCAACCUCCGAACCCAGCAGAAACUUGAUAGGGAGAAAAACGCAGAGUAUAAUAUCAGUGUAACGUGCACUGAUGAUGGAGCGCAACCGCUUUCCAGCAGUGCCUCCUUACGUCUUCAUAUCAUAGAUGUGAAUGACAACGCUCCCGUGUUUGAGAGAAACUUCUAUGAGGCUCAUAUCUUAGAGAACAAUGCACCAGGUCAUUCCAUAUUCACAGUAAAGGCAAGUGAUACUGACUGGAAACAGAAUGCUCGUGUUUCAUACAUUCUUGUGGAGAGCGCUGUUAAUGGUGUGUCAGUCUCAUCGUAUGUGUCAGUUAAUGCUGAAAGUGGAGAUAUCAGUGCAGUGCGUUCGUUUGACUACGAACAGCUAAAGGAAUUACAUUUCUGCAUAAAAGCCCAGGAUGGUGGCUCACCUCCUCUCAGUAGUAAUGUUACAGUGAAAAUUAUUAUCCAGGACCAGAAUGACAACGCACCUCAGAUUCUUUAUCCAGUACAAGCUGGUGGAUCCGUGGUAGCUGAAAUGGUGCCUCGUUCAGCAGAUGUUGGCUACCUCGUCACUAAAGUUGUGGCUGUUGAUGUGGACUCUGGACAGAAUGCCUGGCUCUCCUAUAAACUACAGAAAGCCACAGACAGGGCUCUGUUUGAAGUUGGAGCACAGAAUGGAGAAAUAAGAACAGUGCGUCAGGUCACUGACACAGAUGCAGUUAAACACAGGCUUAUUGUUGUGGUGGAAGAUAACGGACAACCCUCUCGUUCAGCUACAGUCACCGUGAAUGUAGCUAUUGCAGACAGUUUCCCUGAGGUCAUCUCAGAGUUCAACAGCCUUAACCCUGAAUCGAAGUAUAGUGACAGUCUGACGUUUUAUUUAAUUUUGGCUCUGGCUGUGGUUUCAGUGCUCUUCAUUUUUUCUUUAAUCGCCAUAAUUUCGCUGAAAAUUUUCAGAUGGAGCCGGGAAAGACAGUUUUAUAAAUCUGCUGCAAAUCUACCAGUGAUUCCAUAUUACCCACCAGUCUACGCUGAUGGUACUUUACAGCGCGUAUAUAAUUAUGAGAUGUGUGGAACAACUGAUUCCAGGAUGAGUGACAUCAAGUUUGUCAGGCCUUACAGCCAGAAUACACUGGUGAAUGUCAGUCAUGGAGGAACAGUGAGGAGAGAAGAAAGAGCACAGGAGGAUGCUGAUCCUUCUUUAGAGGUGAGACUUUUCUCAAUCUGA